AUGUCUCUACGAACCAUCCCCCUCCCGCUCAGGUCCCUCCCUCGCCACAGAGCCCUCCCGCGCGCCUCUUCGAUCACCAGCCGUCACUUGACCACCUUCAAAUCCCUCCGAUCAGCUGCCCCCUCCGCAUUCUCCACCAUCAAUGCCUCUGAAAUCUCCCACUUCUCCAAGCUUUCCUCGCAGUGGUGGAACGAGACUGGCGAGUUUGCUCUUCUGCAUCGGAUGAAUCCUACCCGUGUAGAGUACAUCAGGCAAAAAGUGGCUCUGGCGCCCACCGGGAACGAGGAGUGGUCAUUCGAAACGCGGCAUCUGGAUGCGCAACGUGAGGCCGGAAAGGGCACUGGGAGAUGGCUUGAUGGAUUGAGGGUGCUGGAUGUAGGAUGCGGGGGAGGGCUUCUGUCGGAAAGCCUGGCCAGAUUGGGAGGGAGAGUAGUCAGCGUGGACGCCAGUGAAAGCAACAUCGGGAUCGCAAAGACCCAUGCUUCACAAGAUCCCUUCCUAGCCGAUAAACUCGAAAAGGGAGAGCUAGACUACCGACACAGCACGGCCGAAUCACUCAGAGAUGCUGGGGAGCAAUUUGACGUCGUUUGCUCCAUGGAAGUGCUCGAACAUGUGGAUGAACCGGGAGAAUUCAUGAAAUGUCUGGGGGAAAUGGUCAAGCCUGGUGGGCAUUUGAUUCUCUCGACAAUCUCAAGAACUCCUCUAUCCCAGCUCCUCACGAUCACUCUGGCAGAAGACGUCCUCCGAUUGGUCACUCCCGGUACCCAUACAUAUCGCAAGUUUGUACGGCCAGAGGAACUACGACGCUUUGUGUACUCUGAUAUGGGAGGUUUCGGCAUUUGGGAGAGAAACGAGGAUGCUAGUGAUAUCAGGGACGGAGAGGUCGGUGAGACGCGAGGAAUCAUUUAUGACCCCUUGAAGGGUGGGUGGAAUCUCUGGGGAGGGGUGGAGGGAAGCUGGUUCAAAGACCUGGGAGAGGCUUGUAACUACAUGUUCUAUGCCAAGAAGAGAGUCUAG